GUCCAACAUGCCAGCAAACAGAUCACGGCAGAGAAGCAGUACAAGGGCAUCAUGGACUGCAUAGUCCGCAUCCCCAAGGAGCAAGGCAUCAUCUCCUUCUGGAGAGGCAACCUGGCCAAUGUCAUCCGGUACUUCCCCACCCAGGCCCUCAACUUCGCCUUCAAGGACAAGUACAAGCAGAUCUUCCUGGGGGGAGUGGACAGGCACAAGCAGUUCUGGCGCUACUUUGCGGGGAACCUGGCGUCCGGGGGUGCUGCGGGAGCCACCUCCCUCUGCUUUGUCUACCCGCUGGAUUUCGCCAGGACCCGGCUGGCUGCUGAUGUGGGCAAAGGAGCCAGUGAGAGGGAGUUCACUGGGCUGGGCGACUGCAUUGUCAAGAUCUUCAAGUCUGAUGGCUUGAAGGGCCUGUACCAAGGAUUCAGUGUGUCUGUCCAGGGCAUCAUCAUCUACAGAGCAGCCUAUUUUGGGGUUUACGACACGGCCAAGGGUAUGUUGCCUGAUCCAAAGAAUGUGCAUAUUGUAGUGAGCUGGAUGAUUGCCCAGUCUGUCACUGCAGUAGCAGGGCUGGUUUCUUACCCUUUUGAUACUGUGCGACGUAGGAUGAUGAUGCAGUCUGGCCGAAAGGGAGCUGACAUUAUGUACAAGGGCACAAUUGAUUGCUGGAGGAAGAUAGCUAAAGAUGAAGGAUCCAAAGCGUUCUUCAAAGGUGCCUGGUCGAAUGUGUUGAGAGGCAUGGGCGGAGCUUUUGUAUUAGUACUUUAUGAUGAAAUCAAGAAAUUUGUCUAAAACUUAACAUCAUGAUGUAGUUCAAUUGUUCUCAAUCAACUUUUUAAAAAAAUAUCCUAUUGUGAUGUAAUGGACAACAAAAUAUUUCCUAGGGAAACAGAAUAAAAUUUGAGUAAUAUAUCUGGUUGAGAUGAAGGAUGCAUUAAUAUAAAAAUUGUCCACUACAUCAUGGUUACAUUUUGUAUGAAAAUUCCUCCAACAUUUGUAUUGGAACCUGUGUAUAUAUUAUACUUCAAAUUUCAGGGAAUAUAUUUUGUCUAGAGACAAGACUUAGGUGGUCUGUGCCUAGUUUAAAAUCUAAUAUUGUGAACUCUCAAUAGAAUGAGAUCUUCAGAAACACCUAUUGUACUAAGUGAUGUCUCUAGCAACCCAA